AUGAUCGGGCCAGAACAUCGACUAUCAAUGAGCCAGACAGAGUCAAACAGACUUUCUGCUUCAUUUAAAUUAUUAGAUAAUAAUCAUCGAGCUAGAGUUCAAGAUGAAAAAUAUCUUAGUGAUAUGGUAAAAGAGUAUGAGCAAAAACUCAGUGUUGAAUUGAUGCUGAAAAGCUCUGCUGAAGUCAUGGCAAAGAUUCACUCCGACAAGGCAUCCCGUCAAAAAGCGGAAAACGAGAUUCAAUUCGCCUAUCGUCGUAUAGAAUUGAUUAGUGGUGAACUUGUAAAACUUGUGUCUCGUUUUCGAAUCGCAUCAAGAGUCUUGUGUCAGGCAGAAAUUCAAGCUAUUCGAGAAACGCUUGCGUUUCAAAGCAGUACACAAUCCGACAACUCUUUUGAUAUUCCAACCAUGGAUCUUACUCAUCCAGAUACGAGUUUCAAGUCGGAAAAUGCCAUCGAUAUCCCAAUCGUGCCCAAUACUGUUUGCAAUAACUCGAUUAGCCGAUCAAUGUCAGCAAAAACUAAUGGUGUUGCAUCGGAUUUAACAAUGGUGCAAUCUGCCUCUCCCACCUUUUCGUUUAUGCAAACUGCACAUCAUCACUCUUCUUCAAUAGCCAUGAUUGGAUCUCUUCAAAAAACCAUUCAAGCCAAAGAUGCCGAAAUUCAAGCCUUGAAUUUGCAAUUAAAAACCGCCCAGCUCAGUACUGGACUGAUUAAAACCCUGACAUCAGAUCCAGUCGACUCUUCAUCAAGCCAUGCCAGUCUUGUCAAGGAAGUCACAUCACUUAGAGAAUCACUUUCGGCAUUAAGCAAAUCAUCGUCUGAUAUGGUGAUGGAUUUAAAUAUCAGUCUUGCCCAAUGUCGCCAGGAAAAAUCUAGCUUGGCAGAACGAUUGAAAAUUUCUGAAACAAACUAUUACUCUACUCGCCAGCAAUACAUUCAAGUUCACUACGAAGCAGAAACACUCAAAACACAAUAUCUUCAAUGCGGAAUGGAUCCUCAACAUUUGAACCAGAUUCGCAACGAAGCAAAUGUCAGAUCUGUUUCUGAAGUGUCUCAAUUGCAGUUGAAACAAGUCACUGUUGAGCGAGAUACUGCCAUGGCCAACUUGCAAAAUCUCACUACUAAACAAGAAUCGCAUUCAGCCAAUAUCAUUGCAUGGAAAAAAUCUCUCAACGAAGAAUUACAACGCAAACUUGCAAUAGUCGAGUCAGCACUGUUGGUGGCUCGUGCUAAUGAAAAAGUCAAAAUGGACGAAUAUAAAGCUAAAAUUUCAGAACUUGAUCAAGUUUGCCAGCAACUGCAGUCGCAGAUUGAUGAAAAUCGUGAUGAGCAUUCAUCUAUUGUUUCAAAAUUGCAAGAAACAAUUACUUUGCUUACAAAAGAGCAAGUAUCACAGCAGAAUAUGUCGGAUAAAGGUGAACAAACUGAUGAGCUUAUCUUCAACUCUGAUGUUCAUUCUGAUGUUAAAAAAACAGACGAAUUUGCUGUAACCAAAGACAUGACUAAUCAACACUAUCUUGAGGAGCAGCUAGAGCAUGCACACUCUCAAGUGGGGCAACUUCAGUCAACAUUUGACUCUUUGGAGAUUCAAAAACACGAACAAGAGCAAUCUAUUACCAAGCUGGAAAUUCACAUCAAUGAUCUUCAAACUCGACUGGAUCAUCUUACUCUUGAAAAGACAAAUUUGGAAAAGCAUAUUGCGCAAUUAACGCAUAGCUUGUCCGAGGCACAAGCCAAUGAGGAGUUGAGUGUACAAACUGUUUGUCAGAUUCAGGCUCGAAAUGAAGCACAGCUGCUCGAGUUGCAAGAAAUGGUGGAUUCAAUGGGAUUAGAAAUCAGAUCUGAAAAAAUUGAAAAGCGUCAUUUGUCUGACCAGCUUGCAUCAAUGAAUAGCGAGUUGCAAAAUAUGACUACCAAACUAAACGCUGCAAACCAGCAGGCAUUGACUGAUCAGCAAACAAAAAAGGAAAUGUUCAAGGCGCUCCAAGAUCUUCAAAGAACUGUGUGGAUGUGA